AUGGCCCUCGGCGGAAGAGUCUGGCGCUCCCCCACCAAAGAAGCAGCCUACAACCGCACCUUCACAGCUCGCUUCAACGCCGCUGUCCGCAAAAACCAGUUCGUCCUCUUCGGCCUUCCCAUGAUGGGCAUGAUCGUCGUCGGCUCCUACGUCCUCUCCUUUGCAACACAAGAAAGAUACAACGUUUCAGACCGGAGAGUAUCGCAGAUGUCGAAUGAGGAGGAGUUGGGGUUGAAGAAAGAUCGGAGGAAGAUUGAUUUGAAGGAGGAGUAUUAUAAGUUGGAGGCGAAGGGGUUGGCGAGUGAUGGAGAUGAUUGGGAGCAGGUUCGGGUGCAGAGAUUACCGGGAGAGCUUGAUGGUAUU